GCUGGCUUGAAUAAUUGCGUCGCCUCUGGCAUGUGCGUUUUAUCGUUGGAAAUCCCAUCAUCCACCAUCCAUCCAUCCAUCCACCAGCUGCUACUGUUCAAGUUCCUGGAUCUUGCUUGCCUGCCUUCUUGCAACUGCUACUACUCCAAGCCAUUUUUUUCGCCAUCCUCAACAAAAAAUCACACCCCCAGAUACCACCUAAUCCCAUCUUACCUGCCUACCAUUCAAUUCUAUUCCAUCUCCUGCUCUUGCAUCUUCGUUAUCCGACCCAGACAUUGACAUCGUACCACUUUCUGUCGUGCCAAAUCAACAGACGCCGACAUCUACACCUCGCGCACGUUUACUCCCUCUCCUUCUCUAUCUCUCUUCAGCAAAAUGGGUGAACCUACCGUGAACGGGGACGUUCCUCAAUCCGCCUUCCUCUCCCACCUCACCUCCUACCCCAUCGUCCACGACUCAGUCAAGACAAUCAAGGAGAACCCAUAUGGCGCCAAAUCCAUCGACCUGACCAACGCCGGCUACGAAAAGUUCGUCAAGCCCGCCGUUCCGUACUUUGAGACCCCGGCCUCGUACGCAAAGCCUUAUGUUGCCAAAGCCGACGAACUUGGCGACAAGCUCCUCUCCAAGAUCGAUCAGCAAGUCCCCAUCGUCAAGUCGGACACAAAAGAAAUCCAAAGCAAAGUCCGAGACUAUAUCAAUUGGCCGUUGGAGACGGUGCAUAAUACCAAGGACUGGGCGUUCAAGACGUAUGGUGAGGAAUAUAAGAAGUGCGGCGGCGAUGGUGUCGUGGCUGGUGGAAAGGCUGUGAUUACUACGUCGCUGAUCUUGAGUUCUGAGGUGCUUAAGUGGGCUAGCUCGUUCUUGCAGGCGAAGAAGGAGGAGGCGAAGAAGGUCGCUCAGGAGAAGACGAGUGAAUAGGAGACAAACAAGACAGCAGGCCGGCAGAUGGUAUAAGAUACGGCAUCCGAUAACUGUUGUUGGUUGGGACUUGUAGCGAAGGGAAGGCAAACGAAAGGAAGGGCUGUUGUUGGUUAUUAGCGACUUUUGGUCUUGAUUGCACAAUACAUUUCUAUAUACAUCAAAGAAGACAUUGGGCCACAAGAGGCAUAGCUGGAGCGCUCUUCAUUCAGGUGCAAGUUGGGUUCGACGUGUUGACUCCAGGAUGUCCAUUAAGGGCCGAAAGUCCAUGAUACUGGGCAACGAUGGAAGGGUGAUACUUCCUCUUCGGCAUCUUCUUCUGGAUUGCUAUCCUGUCUCGGGGGUCUCGUUGCCGCACUUCACAAUUUCAUCUUCCGAGACAAACACUCCUUCUUAUGUCUACAUGGGAGAUCCAAAUCGGGUGCAGACAGGCCUAUAGAGGCAAGAGGUCCAUAUUCGAGCAGACUUAAUUUUGGAUAAGUAGACUACCCAGGGACUACUGCCACUGUUACUACGCGAGUUCACUCUUUUUCUGUCUGUUGGCUCUUGAUACGUCCAUCAGGUGUGCCACUCGGUAGUAUUCAAGUCUAUUCAAGACCCUGUAUCUAAUCUUAAGGCAUCA